AGAAAAAAAAUGGUUAGGUCUCCAUGUUGUGAGAAAGUUGGACUGAAGAAAGGGCCGUGGACUCCUGAAGAGGACCAGAAGCUCUUGGCUCACAUCGAGCAGCACGGCCAUGGAAGCUGGCGAGCCCUACCACUCAAAGCUGGACUCCAAAGAUGUGGCAAGAGUUGCAGGCUGAGGUGGACCAACUACCUCAGGCCAGACAUCAAAAGAGGAAACUUCAGUCCCCAAGAAGAGCAAACAAUCAUCCAGCUCCACGCCCUCCUGGGAAACAGGUGGGCAGCGAUAGCAACUCAUUUGGAGAAGAGAACAGACAACGAGAUAAAGAAUCACUGGAACACCCACCUGAGGAAGAGGCUGGAGAGGAUGGGCAUCGACCCGACGACCCACAAGGCCAAGACCUCCAUUACCGUAGAUGGCAAUGGACACUACAAGACCUCCAAGGAAGCAGCCACACUGAGCCACAUGGCUCAGUGGGAGACCGCCCGGCUCGAAGCCGAGGCCAGGCUGGUCCGUGAAUCCAAUCCCUCCAACAACAAACGUGAUCGCCCACGCCCACCACCUGUUCGAUCAAUGUCCCCAACCAGAUCCAGACCGCGAUGCCUCGACGUGCUCAGAGCAUGGCAAGGCCUAGUCGCUGCCGCGGCCGACAACGACAAGGGCUCCUCCCUCGAGUCCCCUACCUCCAUCCUCAGCUUCCCGCUGCCGGAAAUUUCACCGACGCCAGCUGCCGGCGCCGGUGCUGCUUCGGAUCCGGACGAGGUUAUGAUGUCGUGCGGUAUUGUUUGGAGCCCCGUGGUUCCGAGCUAUGCAGGGGAGGAGUCGGUGGGGAAAAUGGGUGGAGGGAUUUCGGACGUGGUAUUGGGUGCAGAGUCUAAGAGUUCUGGUGACCAGAAUGUACCGCCGCCGAUGAUAUGGCCGGCUGCCGGAGAUGAGAUACUUGUUGAGAGUUGUAGUUAUUGGAACGGCUUGCUUAAUAGUCUAGUUUAUGAUGAAUGAUGAUGCUGCUUCACCUAGCCGCGGCCAGAGCCUUCAUGGUUUCUGACUCUUUUAUCCUACGUGGCGAGUUGGCAUGCAAGUUGAUGCGCUCGUUUUAGUAUGUAUAAGGUUCAAUUUUUAUAUGAUAUAUAAGUGAAUGGUAAAAUCUGGAUGUCGUAUGAUAUUAACUUGUAUGAGUUGUAGAA